AAGAAAGAAAGAGAAACAUUGCUCAAUCAUCAGAGAUUGGAACGAAAAGAGAAAAUGCUCUGUGAUGCGAAUAGAAAAAUCCAUGUGGAAUUCGGUGAAGUCGAAACGGGCGCCACGGCUGUCAAGUGGCUAGAGAUAGUCAACGAGAGUAGCAUUGAGCAGAUUUACGAGGCUCGAAGAGAUGCGACUACCAAUCCGCUGGAUCAUGUGUUUGAAUUAUGUAGUUACUCUUGGUCUUUGCUUCCUGGCCAAACGUACAAGUGCAAAAUAUACUAUCGGCCGUUCGUGCCGUUUGCUGUAAACGUAGAUUACUUUACAAUCGUGGAUUCAGCUGGCGAACGUGCGGAAAUCCAAGUCCGUGGAACAUGCAUCGGACCUGUGAUCUCUUUGUCUACCACGAGAUUAAUCAUGAUGUGUACGAGCGAGAAUCGCGAGGCGAAGAAACGAAUCAGGCUUGUCAACGAUUCGAACGCUACAGCAACUUUCGUGUUUGACAUCGAUCUGCUUAUGAGACCGUUCCAAGCAAAUCCGCAACACGGACAGAUCGAACCCCGUUCUCGCAAGUGUGUAACGAUUAUCUUCGCGCCGCGGAAGGAUGGGAUUUACGCGUGCCACUUUCCGUGCUUAAUCCUGAAUCAUGUAAUGAAAACAUUUGAAUUUUUACAAACAACCCCGAUGGAAGUAUUUACUGAAAGCGUAAUAAAUAACACUGAAAUAUUACUGAAUUACAUAUAAAAAUAUCAUUUUCAAUGAAAAUUAAACCAUUUUUAGUAUCAUUCUAUUAAAAUUUUAAUAAUACAAUAAUUCAAUAUAUUCAAGACGUUAAGAUUAUAUAUUCAGUAAAGUUUAAAAUAAAAUUUAAU